AUGGCCGGCAAGUGGCUUACCAAAGAGCAGGUUACUGGUUAUGCAGCCCCCUCUGACGAAAGCAUCAAGCUCGUCAAAAGUUGGAUCAAGGCCGCCGGUAUUGCUGAUGAGGACAUUGCUAGCCCUUCACCCGACUGGCUUCAUGUCAGAAUCCCCGUGAGCAAGGCGGAGGAGCUUCUCGAGGCCGAGUAUAAGAUUUACAAUCAUGCUGUGGACCAGUCGUCUGUUGUACGCACCACCGCUUACUCCAUCCCCCAGCAACUACUGGACCAUAUCGACACUAUCCAGCCCACCACUGCUUUCCAGAGCGAUGAACAGAGCGUUUCGGCUGACGCUGUGACACCGCUGCGGCCUGCCAAGGCUCCCAAGGCCACCAAGGUCAAGACGGCCAACCCUUGUGACAAGACCACCACCCCCCAGUGUGUGCUCAACUGGUAUAACGUCGACCAUGCAGGUAAAGGAGGCAAGACGAGCUACGGAAUCUCAGGGCCUAAGAACGCCCACGUCUCCCACAGCGACCUCAAGCAGUUCCUUGCUACCUACGACCCGAAAAACACAAACACCUUCCAGAACUACUCUAUUGCUGACGGCAUUAACAAUGAAACAGCACCCACUAGAGAGACCACGCUUGAUAUCCAGUGGUCUACUGUCCUGGGCGCUGGCAACUCAAGGUUCUACACCAUCGGCCGCACGAAUGCCAGCCUCGAUAAAUUCGAAUACAGCAUGAUUAGCCGGGGCACGUUCCUGGCCUCUGCCGACUCUCCUCCAGACAUCAUGUCCACGUCGUACGGCGCCGUCGAGUCCCGCUUCACCAAGCAGUAUGCCACUCGCAUCUGCAACGACUUUAUGAAGGCCAGCUCCCGCGGCAUCACAGUGCUCUUUAGCACCGGCGAUAACGGCGUGGGCGAGACCUGCUCCAACGGCCGCUUUGAGAACCAUUUUCCGGGUUCGUGCCCCUGGGUCCUUGCUGUGGGUGCUACCGAGUGGUCUGGCACCAACGAAACGGCAACGACGAAAUUUGGUUCUGGCGGCGGCUUCUCCGACUUUUUUGACGUGCCUGCGUACCACAAGACAGAUGUUGCGGACUACAUUCGCGACUAUGUACCGGCCAGCUACGACGGCAAAUACAAUGCCGGUGGCCGUGCGUAUCCUGAUGUUGCUCUUAUUGGCGAGAGGAUCCCCAUCUACGGACCGCCCAAGAAGGGCAACGGUGCUUGCAAGACGGAUAUGACGGGAGGCACGUCAGCGUCUACGCCUAUGUGGGCUGGUCUGUUGUCCCAGAUCAACGACUACCGUGCCACGAUUGGCAAGCCGACUCUGGGGUUCAUUAACCCGCGGCUGUAUGGCGAGGCGGAUGUCCGUGCUGCCCUGAACGAUAUUACCGUCGGCUCCAACCCUGGCAGCGACACCGAUGGCUGCUCGGUCGAGAAGGGCUGGGACCCUGUCACUGGGCUUGGGUCCAUGGACUUUGCCAAGCUCCGCGUUGCUUUGAGUACAUAG